GGGAGGGGACCUGGAUCAUGGCUGCCGCGCCGCCGCUACGGGACCGCCUGAGCUUUCUACACCGGGUGAGUGAGGGCGGUCCGCCCGGGCCCCGGUCCCACGGCUCCUCUCGAGCGCCGCAUUCCCCGGACUCGCCCCAGGCUGGAGCCAUUGACCUUGCGUCUCCGCGCCGGGUAGCUGCUCCUGGCCCCUUCGCCCGCGCCGACGCCCCUGAGCUGCCUGCCCGCCCGCCGCGCCGUCCCAGGGCCUUCCAAGCCGGGCCUUCCAAGCCGGGCCUUCCAAGCCGGGCCUUCCAAGCCGGACCCGCCGAGCGCAAGGGCGAUGGGCACAGCCAGACCCUGGGGGAACGAACAGGCCUCGGCCAGCAUUCAGUGGCCUCCGACGGGAGGGAAGGAGCGGCGGACCCGGUGGACGUGGAGCCGCUGUGUCCGUGCUGCUGGCGCCCAGAUGGGCUGGCAGCCCGCCGUCCUCCCUGACGGUGGCGUUUCAGAGGACUCCGGUCCUGGAGAGGCACCCCUGGGUUGCAGAGAACACAGACAUCUCGAAGGGACAGAGAAGGACGCACCAUUAUCUCGGCCCUUCCGACUGAAAGGCUUCGGCACCUCACGCGGUGGGUCCCAUGCUUGUCCUCUUAAAUACUCUUGAACUCUAUUCUGUCCUGAUACUGAACAAUGCAAGAAUGGGUGGUUCCAGUUUUCAUCCCUAUAAACCGUACAUCUUUGUGCCACUCCCGAUUCUCCUGAAGGGGACGUCCGAUGAUGAUGUCCCGUGUCCGGGCUACCUGUUUGAAGAGAUUGCUAAAAUCUCCCACGAAUCUCCGGGCAGCAGCCAGUGCCUGCUGGAGUACCUCCUGAGCCGCCUGCACAGCAGCUCCGGCCACGGGAAGCUCAAGGUGCUGAAGAUCCUGCUCUAUCUGUGCAGCCACGGCUCCUCCUUCUUCCUGCUCAUCCUCAAACGCAACUCUGCCUUCAUCCAGGAAGCUGCAGCUUUUGCGGGGCCCCCAGAUCCUCUGCACGGGAACAGCUUGUACCAGAAGGUUCGCGCGGCCGCACAGGACUUGGGGAGCACCCUGUUCUCGGACACCGUGUUGCCGCUGGCUCCCUCCCAGCCUCUGGGGACCCCGCCUGCCACAGGCAUGGGCUCCCAGGCCAGGCCGCACAGCACCCUCCAGGGUUUCGGCUACAGCAAGGAACACGGCUGCACGGGCUCGGCAGGCGAAGCCUUCCUCUCCACCAUCCAGAAGGCCGCAGAGGUGGUGGCCAGCGCCAUGCGCCCCGGGCCCGAGAGUCCCAGUACCCAGAGGCUCCUGCCGCGGGGUGACACCUACCAGCCUGCCAUGAUGCCUUCAGCCAGCCACGGUCCCCCAACCCUGGGGAACCUACUCCCCGGGGCCAUUCCAGGUCCCCGAGCUGUGAGGCAUCAGCCUGGGCAGGCCGGAGGGGGCUGGGAUGAGCUGGACAGCGGCCCCAGCUCUCAGAAUUCCUCCCAGAACAGCGACCUGAGCAGGGUCUCGGACUCGGGCAGUCAUUCCGGCAGCGACAGCCAUUCAGGGGCCAGCCGGGAGCCGGGUGACCUGGCAGAAAGGGUCGAGGUGGUGGCCCUGAGUGACUGUCAGCAGGAGUUGAGCUUGGUGAGGACUGUGACUCGGGGACCACGCGCCUUCCUGAGCCGCGAGGAGGCACAGCACUUCAUCAAAGCGUGUGGACUGCUCAACUGUGAGGCCGUGCUGCAGCUGCUGACCUGCCACCUGCGUGGGACCAGUGAAUGCACGCAGCUGAGGGCGCUGUGCGCCGUCGCCUCCCUGGGGAGCAGCGACCUCCUCCCGCGGGAGCACAUCCUCCUCCGCACCCGGCCGUGGCUGCAGGAGCUCAGCAUGGGCCGCCCGGGACCUGUGACCAACAAGGCCACCAAGAUCCUGAGGCACUUUGAGGCCUCCUGUGGGCAGCUGUCCCCUGCCCGGGGCACCUCAGCUGAGCCUGGCCCCACAGCCGCCCUCCCAGGCCCAUCUGACCUGCUGACCGACGCUGUGCCUCUUGCUGGGAGCCAGGUCUUCCUGCAGCCUCUGAGUUCAACCGCGGUCUCGUCCUGGAGCCCUGCUCCCUCAUCUGGGAUGCCGUCCAGCCCUGUGCCCACCCCACCCCCAGAAGCCUCCCCCAUUCCAGCCCCCGGAGACCCCAGCGAGGCCGAAGCCAGACUGGCAGAAAGCAGGGGGUGGAGACCUGAACGGAUCCCAGGGGGCACGGACAGCCCAAAGAGAGGCCCCAGCAGCUGUGUGUGGAGCCGUGACUCGUUGUUUGCUGGCAUGGAGCUGGUGGCCUGUCCCCGCCUGGUGGGGGCUGGGGCUGCUGCGGGAGAGUCCUGUCCUGAUGCUCCCCGCGCCCCCCAAACAUCGUCCCAGAGGACAGCAGCCAAAGAGCCUCCUGGCUCAGAGCCGUCAGCUUUCGCGUUCCUGAACGCCUGACCCAAUGGCCUGGCCCUGGAGUCUUCAGCUUCAGCUGCUGCCUGGGGCUGUGUGUGCUUCCUGAGCAGCCUCAACCGUAGCUGCUACAGUCUCCAGGCACCUUGACUUGAGAGGAGGGCCCUAGGGCUACCUCAGUUUCCCCCAUCUCCUCUGCCAGAGGCUCUGGCUAUUUGGACUUGAAUCCCUAGGAGGGAUGGCAGGUGGCAGGGCUUCAGAAAUGUCGAUCUCAGGGCUCUCGGGGGGCAGUCCCUGCCUGUCUUGCCCUCAGACAUGAGGUUUCUUGUGUGAAUGCGGAAGCGACUACCAGGUUCUUUAUUUCAUUUUGAUCUCAGCUCCCUCCUUCCCCAGGAGGUCAUGAGCAGCAACAAGCCACUGCUCCCCCGUCCCAUCGGGGUGGGCUAGGUGCUGAGGCUGAGUUUGGUGCACGUGGGUUGAGGGUGUCUUGUCCGGGCUGCCUUGUGCUGUCUGGCCUGAGGCCAUUUCAAGUCUCAGAUCCCCACGUGAUCCUUCCCUGGCUCUCAACUGCUCCUUUAGGCUGUAAUUGCUUCCUACACACGAAGCCUCUGAUUGGAGCCUCUGGUCCAUCUCAGAAAAACCUUCCGAGAGCGCUGGGGUUUAUGCUUUCUGAAUAAACACUACUGUUUACAUGAA